GUGCACGAUACUUCGUCUUCUGUACUCUUUACAGGCUCUGGGCUUCAUCUGAAGAAUCCCAUGGACUUUGCAGCCAUGCAAAGCCACCAAAGACCUUGGCAAAGGUCACUGUUGCGUUGAGUGGCUUCAUAUUGGACUUUGCGGACCGUCUCGUGAGAUGAUCUCCCACAGAACCGCCUUCGGGCUUGCUUCUGCUCCGGUCCAGCGCGCGUUUCUGUCACUUGAGUGGCAUACCACACAUCAAGUGCAUCUCAUCAUCUGUUGUCUUUGCGACCUCUUACUCUCGCCGUCUCCUAACUGCCCUUCAUGAGCAGUGAUUCCCGCAAGAUGUUUCCGGUCGAUUGGCCCGCUUACAUUCCUAUCCACUCUGCUGCUGAAGCCCCCGACCAGGCCACAGCGCCCACGUCAGGCCGUCCGCGCCAAACAUCUGUCACGAACGAUGCCAUCCCGAGCGGCCAUGCCCGUGUUAGCUCAGAUCCGGUGGCACCCACGCGGCGUGUUCGAUUCGCACAUGUGGACGAUGCUGAGGCUACGGACUGCGACGAUCUAGAGGUUUUCAUUGCCGAAAUGACUCGCCGCUUCGACGAAGAGGCGGGUGCACUCGAAUCUCUUGCGCAACCCUACUCUCCGAGCCCUGGAUCAACAAACAAAAAGCCAAUGUGUUCCAGUGAUGCAUCUUCGGACUCCGAGAGCGGUACGGACGACGACGAGAAGAAGCCUGACUCUGUCAAAGCGAAGGCCAAGAUCUAUGCACCUUUCUUGUCGCUCUCCCAGGAUGACACGCCCGCUUAUGAUUACGCGUCGACCCUCGAGGAUACACGCGUCAAGCGCAGGACCGGCGUCGUCAAGGAGAACUGCAAUCCCUGUCGGUGGAUGGCCGACCGUAGGCUUAAAACCACUGAUUUCACGGUCCGUUGUGACGGGCCGUGGUCGCCUUCAAGAUACCCAGACUGGGCAUCGGAGAUCGCUGAAGAGCGGGAGAGGCUUGCGGCUGAGGUCCUCGCGGAGACGUUUGAUGACCUGGCGCCCCGUCCUCCGAUGAAGUUCGACUCCGAAGUGAGGAUUAGCCGACGCUUGCGGGAUGGCUCAGUGCUGUUGCCGAGAUCGAAGAGGAGGGUGGUGGUUCUGUGACGGUAUGACUUUGUCUUUCGUAAGGUGGAGAUAUUUCCAAGAGUUUUCCGCCUUCUCUCGAUGAUACCCGUAUCAUCGAAUCUAAUACGCUCUAUUCUUGUAACAUGUUGUAUCGUUGCUACGCCUCGCAUAAUGCGGCCUAUGGCAGUCCACGUUCAUCAUUGUUUGGCAUUUUUGUGUCGCCGAGCGCUCUUUGUACAUGCAUGUGCUAUGACCGUUCGGAGUUCCCC